AUGGAGCUUAGGCAAAGAGUAUUUACAGCUGAAGUACCAGAAGAAGAACACAUAGGAUUAUUAAGGUUUGAGUCAUUGAAUCAAGAAAUGCAAUAUAUGGAAGAGCUUAAAAAUGACACAGAAAUUAUGGAAAAGACUAUGAAGCUCAAUGAAGAGAUUUUUGAAGCUGUAGAGGAUAGAGAUAAAGAGAAACUUGACAAUCUUUUAAAAAAUAGAGGAAAUAUUAUUUUAUUGUGCUGAUAUAUAGCAAGGGCUUUUAACUUAGCGCUUUCAAAUAAUGAUGUGGAUAUUCUUCAAUGUUUUAUAAAAAAUGGGCUGGAUUUAAGCCACGCUAUUUUUAAAGGAACCUUGCCAAAGUUUGCAUUGAGUUGGAUUGAUGAUGAAAAUUAUUAUAAAGUCCUAGAUCUUUUGCUUGAAGGCGGAUUACAUAUUGAUGAUAUGGAAAGUGAGGGAUAUAAUACUGCGUUGCACUUUGCUUGCUUAAGGCUAGAAAGAAGCUUAGUAGAGUUGCUCAUUAGAAAGCAUGCAAAUGUAAAUCCUAUAAAUAAACUCAAAUUAAUGCCGUUGAAUUUAGUUGAAAAUAUAUCUGACUCAGAAGCCUUGAGAAUCGCCGAAAUUCUUCGAAAUGCAGGAGGAAAAAAUAAGUGGAAUGACUAUUGACUAGAAUAA